GUCUAUCCAAAACUUCGCAAUGUCAACUAACUUCCGUUUCUUGGUAGCUUAAACUCGCUGUCAUGUAACAUGGUUUCCCAUCCACUCUAACAACUGGACACAUUUCAACGACUGGCUUCAAAUUUAUCACCGACCAAGCGUUGGACAUAGCGCGACUCGAUGAACAAAGACGGUCGCCACGACGGACGACGGCGCGGCGCGGGGCAGCACCGUCUGGGACCGAGAGUCGGCCACGGAGGUGACGGGAGGGAAAGGUCUGGCAGCAACAGCUCGGGGUCGUCACAUGGAGGAGGCAAAAAUAAAAACGCGUCCAUUAAUGCGCUCAAGGCAUCUUUCCAGCGCUCCAACAGUCAUGAUAAAGUACGAAAGAUCGUCGCCGAAGAGGGUCGCGCUGCUCGGAACCUGAUUGCGUGGAGUGUCCCACUGGAGAGUAAAGAAGAGGAAGCAAAGUCCAAAAGUCACACCACUGGCAGCUCAAGAGCCCAAAGGACUCAUUCUGGGCAGCAAAGGAAUAAGAAACAGAAUACUGGUGUGGAGAGUAAAAGCACAGCUGGCACCUUGUUGGAAAAGGGGACAGAGAAAAGCCCUACAAAAGCCCGGCAGCCUCGCAAAGUGGACCUACGAGCACGCUACUGGGCCUUUCUCUUUGACAACUUGCGACGUGCAGUGGAUGAGAUCUACGUCACGUGCGAGUCCGAUCAAAGUGUUGUAGAAUGCAAGGAAGUGUUGAUGAUGUUGGACAACUACGUGCGGGAUUUCAAAGCCCUCAUCGACUGGAUUCAGCUCCAGGAGAAGCUAGAGAAAACCGAUGCCCAGAACAGGCCUACGUCUUUAGCCUGGGAAUUACGUAAGAUGUCACCAGGACGUCACGUGGUGCCUAAUGCCUCUGCAGACAGAAUGGUUUCCUCCCCGGGUGCACGUCGGGCCCUAAAUUUUGGUGGACCUCCACCCGCACUGGCCGCAGCCCGGCUAUCUCUUACGGGCCCCAGUUGGGCAGACAGAGUGAAAUGUACGCAGUCUGCUCCAAGUUCUACUCAGCUGAUGACUUCUUCUGUCGAAAAGCCAAGUAAAAAAGAUUCUGAAGGCUGGGAAACUGUCCAACGAGGUCGUGCGGCCAAGCCUCGCUCUGCCACCAUGAUUGCCAAGGUCAGUCCGGUGUUGGCCACUCACGUCACCCCAAAGCAGGACAGCACCAAGAACCGGUCACUUGUGCCGCCACAAGAAGAGCAUCCCAUCUGUCCCCAGUGCCCCACUCAUGUGGACGCAACCCAGGUGGACUCAGAGAAGAAAGUCCCAACAUUCCAGGAUCCCCCAGAGAAGGAUAAACAUCCAGUCAGUGGGGAUACUGUGGAGCCCCCAGCAGAGAAUGCACAAGACUCGGGGCACUCGGGUGUCGACGCACCCCGCGACGACGCGCCUCCCCCUAUAGCUGAUAUCACCCCUUCCCAAGCCCCAGAGCCCACCUUGUGUUCAGCUGCAGCCCCACCAGCAGACAUGACCAUAUCAGUCCCACCCCCUGCCCUCGCCCACUCUGCAUCCUUAGAGCGACCUCAGACGGAUGGGCUCGGCGGACCCUUGGCCUUGGGGGACAGUGUGGCUGAGGGGGGUGCGUUGCAGGGCAUGGCCACAUCUGCUCCACAACAGGCUGAGACUCCCAUGGACGCGGUGAAACUGGAGAGUGUGCUGGACCCCACAGAGCUUUCCACUCCUCAGUCCAUGGCAGAGGUCUUGGCUAAGAAAGAAGAGCUUGCCGAUCGACUAGAGAAGGCUAAUGAAGAAGCGAUUGCCAGUGCCAUCGCAGAAGAAGAGCAGCUGACCAGAGAGAUUCAAGCAGAGAACAAUGAUCUUGAGACCGACAACGAAAAUGACUUCCCGGCUGGCAUGGCUAAUGGAGGAUGUGGGCCCAAUAUGGAGUGGAGUGAAAUGUUGGCAGACUAUGAUGCGAGGGAGGCCUGGCGUCAGAAUACCUCAUGGGGCGACAUGGUGGAGGAAGAGCCGGCUCGACCUCCUGGACAUGGGAUCCACAUGCAUGAAAAAUUGUCCUCGCCAUCACGCAAAAGGACUAUUGCAGAGUCAAAGAAGAAACAUGAAGAGAAACAGCUGAAGGCUCAGCAGCUGCGGGACAAAUUGCGAGAGGAAAAGACGCUCAAACUGCAGAAGCUUUUGGAAAGGGAAAAGGAGGUGAGGAAAUGGAAGGAAGAGUUGUUGGAACAAAGGAGGAAGAUGAUGGAGGAAAAGCUGCUGCAUGCAGAGUUAAAACGAGAGCUGCAACUCCAGGCCAUUGUGAAGAAGGCUCAAGAGGAAGAGGCCAAGGUAAAUGAAAUAGCAUUCAUCAAUACUCUUGAAGCUCAGAACAAGAGACACGAUGCCCUGGCGAAAUUAAAUGAAUAUGAGCAACGCCUUAAUGAGCUCCAGGAGGAUAGGCAGAGGAGGCAGGAGGAAAAGCAGGCCAGAGAUGAAGCUGUGCAGGAACGUAAACGAGCCCUCGAAGCUGAGCGGCAGGCACGCGUGGAGGAGCUGUUGAUGCGGCGCAAGGAGCAGGAGGCUCGUAUUGAACAGCAGCGGCAGGAAAAAGAAAAAGCAAGAGAGGAUGCGGCACGGGAGAGAGCUAGAGACCGAGAGGAGCGUCUGGCCGCUCUUAGUGCAGCUCAACAGGAAGCCAUGGAAGAGCUGCAGAAGAAAAUUCAAAUGAAGCAUGACGAGAGCAGCCGUAGGCAUAUGGAGCAAAUGGAGCAGAGGAAGGAGAAGGCGGCUGAGCUCAGCAGCGGCCGACACGCGAACACGGACUACGCCCCCAAACUAACGCCAUACGAGCGCAAGAAACAGUGCUCACUCUGCGCUGUUGUGAUCUCCUCAGAGGUGCACCUGUUCAGCCACACCAAGGGCAAGAGGCACCAACAGGCCGUGCGAGACAGUAGCAGCAUCCAGGGACGGGAGCUCUCCGACGAGGAAGUGGAGCAUCUUUCCUUGAAGAAAUACAUUGUGGACAUCAUGACUGACAGCUCCGUUUCCUCUGAAAGUGUAAAGGAUAACGAGGAGAGGCAAAAGGCCCGCAAGAAGGCGAAGAAGCUCCGUGCCAGGAUGAACUCCAGAGCAAAGCAAUACGAGACGUCGUUUGAGGCAAAGACGCAAGUUCCUGACUCCCCGUACAAAGCUAAAUUACAACGCCUUGUGAAGGACCUUUUGAAGCAACUGCAGGGCCAAGAUAGUGGCCAGUGGGCCAACAAUAAAGUGUCCAGUCUGGAUCGAACUUUGGGAGAGAUUUCUCGCAUCUUGGAGAAACAGGUAGCUUAAACGGCUUGAUUGGCU